ACUUGUGGCAAAUUACUAUUUUGAGGCAUUUAAAUGCCUUUCAAAUUGGUAUUAGAUACUUAGAAAUUAUUUACAAAAAAAUUCCAAGAUACAUCUAUCACAUCUUCAUUGCAACUUGUCUAAGCUCCAUAUAUAUAAGCUUAACUUCUUAUUCUCCUCCAUACAACAAACUAAACAAUGAGUACUCAACUUUUUCUCCUCAAAAUCUCAACCCUGAUAUACUUCUCAAUCCUUCUCCAAUCAACCCUAAUCUUUGCAAAUUGUACAUGUGAACCCCAAGACAACAAAAACAAUCAUCAAACCAAACAUAAAGCCUUAUCCUACAAACUAGUAGCCAUAUCUUCAAUUCUUUGUGCAAGUGCACUUGGAGUUAUCAUCCCAAUUCUCUUAAAAAGCUUCAAAUCCUUGCAACAAAAUGAUUAUUCAUCCCUUAAUUUCUUGAUUAAAGCCUUCGCCGCGGGCGUGAUCCUAGCCACUGGAUUCAUCCACAUUCUUCCAGAUGCAUUUGAGAGCUUGACUAACCCUUGCCUUAGUAAGAAAUUAUGGGGGAGUUUUCCAUUUGCUGGAUUUGUUUCAAUGAUGUCUGCUAUUUUUACUCUGAUGAUUGAGUCUUUUGCAACUGGUUAUCAUAGAAGGGCUGAGCUGAGAAAAGCUCAGCCAGUGAAUAUUGAAGAAAAGGAAGGUAUCCAUACACAUGGGCAUGGACAAGGACAUGAGCUUGGUCAUAGUCCUCAAAUUUUGUUAGAAAGAUCCAAUUCUUCAAGUCUUAUUCGGCAUAGGUUAAUAUCACAGGUUUUGGAGUUGGGAAUUUUGGUUCAUUCUGUGAUUAUUGGCAUUUCCCUUGGAGCUACAGAAAAUCCCAAAACAAUCAAACCUCUAAUAAUAGCUUUGAGUUUUCAUCAAUUUUUUGAAGGCAUGGGACUUGGUGGCUGCAUUUCCCAGGCAAAGUACAAGGCAAGAACAAUCACAAUUAUGGUAUUGUUCUUCACUCUUACUACUCCAACUGGAAUAGCUAUUGGAAUGAUGAUAUCACAAGGUUACAAUGAGCAAAGUUCAGCAGCUUUAAUUGUACAAGGAGUUCUUAAUUCAGCGUCAGCUGGGAUUCUAAUUUACAUGGCACUUGUGGAUCUUCUUGCAACUGAUUUUAUGGACCCUAAACUACAAAGUAGUUUCAAACUCCAAAUAAUUGCCAAUGUAUCCCUUGUUCUUGGAGCUUGUUGUAUGUCAUUAUUGGCAAAAUGGGGUGGGACAUAAUUUUCUAGACAAAUUAUGUAUAUAGUUUUUACCUUCACAAGAAUUUGACCUUAUAUUACUUUACUAUAGUAUCAACUUAUGUCAUCCAGUGACGGAUCCAGGAUUUCACGGUCCUUGGUGCUUGCCUUUAAUGACAAAUGACGGUCGUCCAGAAAGGCAAACCAAAAAAAAGAAA